CACGUACGUACGCACGCAAGGCGACGAGAGGGCGGGGGAAGAGGGAGAGCUCCGAGGCGCCCCGCCCAGUCAGCAAGGUUGCGUGUGCCCCUUGCGACCGCCAGGAUGGUGGUGGGCGCGUUCCCCAUGGCGAAGCUGCUAUACCUGGGCAUCCGGCAGGUCAGCAAGCCGCUUGCCAACCGCAUUAAGGAGGCCGCCCGCCGAAGCGAGUUCUUCAAGACCUAUAUCUGCCUCCCGCCGGCUCAGCUGUACCACUGGGUGGAGAUGCGGACCAAGAUGCGCAUCAUGGGCUUCCGGGGCACGGUCAUCAAGCCGCUGAACGAGGAGGCGGCCGCCGAGCUGGGCGCUGAGCUGCUGGGUGAGGCCACCAUCUUCAUCGUGGGAGGCAGCUGCCUGGUGCUCGAGUACUGGCGCCACCAGGCGCAGCAGCGUCGCAAGGAAGAGGAGCAGCGCGCCGCCUGGACCGCGAUGCAGGACGAGGUGGGCCACCUGGCGCUGGCGCUGGAGGCCCUGCAGGCGCAGGUGCAGGAGGCGCCGCCACAGGGCGCCCUGGAGGAGCUGCAGGCGCAGAUGCGAGAGGUGCGCACCCAGCUCCGCGCCCAGGACCCACCAUCCACAUCCCGGGCAGCGUCCACAUCCAAGGAGUAGAAGUCUACUGAAGCAUGAACUUAGGCAGUAUGCCCUGACGUGGCCUUCUCCCUGCACUACCCCAGCCUGUGCUGGCCCAGUGGAAACCACAGGAUCUUGAUGGAACUUGGAUUAGGUCACCUCCCACUGACCAGUGGUACCUUCCACUGGGACCAGCCCCCAGCAGGCAAAGCGUUUGUUCCAAAAUAGCCCCCUCCAGUCUCUGGCUCGUUGGUACAGUGCACAGUGCUCAUCUCCACCCCCACUCCUCACAGACCUGUGAGGUCCCAGCCUGCUGGACCACCUGAUCAUUCUUCCCGCAGAAGAAAAAGUGGAACCAGACUUCAGCCAAAUCAACCUCAGUCCCCCAUUUACCUGACAGUGUUACCUUUUUCUGGGAUGAUCAUCCUUUAUACCGGAACACCUCCUUCCCUUUGUAAGUUGGUACAGACUGUUGUGAGGAAACAAACGCAGUGCCAGUGAACUAUCUCCCUCACCAUAUAAGGUGGGCUCUUCUCCCUCUUUCUUUGAGGGAGAAGAAAAAAGGGGAUCCUGGCUUCAAUUAAUCCAUCAAAUAUAUCUUUCCCCUUAACCUGAUCUGUGGUACCUUCCCCUGAGAUGCCCAAAUGGAAUAUUCCAACAGAACCCAGUCAUCCUUCAGUCUGUGGCACAACCCACUGGAAUGGCUGUGUGGGGGGUCUUCUCCUGGCCCUCCCAGCCCCCCUUCUGCUGGAAACAUUGAUCCUGCCUAGGGCUAAUCUGUCUUGCAGCCUCGGCCCCCUGUUUCCUUGCCCUCAGUCUCUGGGCCCUUCCUACCUUCCGCACUGUCUUGAGUAGCUGCUCUCAGGGGGCUACCGGCUGUGGACUAGAUGAUCACGUCCUCCAUGUUCCGUCCAAAUCUAUGGAUCUGUGUACCCUUGCCCCUCUCCCCCGGGGCUCUGGAAUGGCCGAGCAGUCCCCCUUCAUGCAGUGGUGCCCUCCUGCCUCUGUAGCCCCAAGGCCCCCCUGCAUCCCACUGGGCUAAGCCACCAGUCGGUCUUACCUUCUUUGUUAAUUUCCACAAACUCGGUGGCUUAAAGCAAUAGGAGUUUAUUCUUUCACAGUUCUGGAGGCCAGACAUCUGAAGUCAAGGUGUCGUGAGGGCCACGCCCCCUCCGAAGGCUCUAGGGGAGGAGCCUUCCUUGCUGUUCAGCUUCUGGUGGCUUCCGGCCUUCCUUGGCUUGUGGCCGCGUAUCUCCAGUCUCUGCCUCCAUCUUCACGUGGCCUUCUCUCCCUCUCUGUCUCUUCUAAAGAUUCCUGUCAUUGGAUUAAGGGCCCACUCAAAAUCUAGGAUGAUUUCACUUCAACUGUAACUUAAUUACACAUACAAAGACCUUUUUUCCAAAUAAACUCACGUUCAGGUUCCAUGGGUUGGAUGGGGACACCCCUUCUGGUGAGCCACCAUUCAACCCACCACGCCUCCUGCCAACCCCGUGGGUCAUUUGGGGAACCACGAGGAUGAGAGGAAUGGUCCAGGAACCACCCAUCACUGCCUGAUUUCUCUUCCUGGGCUCACCUCUGAAGGCGGAAGGGCGGGGUGGUGAUCUGGGCCCCACCAGUCUGUAUUCUCUCUUUGAAACUAUAGAUAUUUCCUAAUUAAAAGAGCCCUGGAGUGAGGAAAUCAUCUGAGAAUCAUGAUAUGGCUCUUCAAAUGGGUAUAAGGCUCAUUAAAGUUAGGAGAGAAGCUGAGAGAGUUCUGAUGAGGGUGAGUGGUGGAGAGUCAUCCAGUGAACUCUUUCCCAGAUGGGGACACUGAGGCCCAGGGGAAGAGAGGGACUUGCCCAAGGCCAUGAAGCCAGUGAGGUGAUGAAGAAGUGAGAGCAGAGUCUAGAGCACCGGGAGGGACGCAGGGAGGAUACAGGGCGAGGAGGAGGAGGAGGAGAGGGAGGUAGGUUACUGGGGGAGGGGCAGAGGCUCCCAGACUCAGCACUGAUAGUGGGGAGUGGGGGCCUCCAUGUUCUAUCAGAACAGCCCCAGAUCACUCCCAAGAUCUUAGCUUGUAGUGAACGGGGUUAGAUCCAUUCCACGUGGGCCCGUUUCCUAGCAGCUGCAGGUGAAGGGAGAGGGGGAGGCUGACUCUCACUUCCUUCCUCCCUCAUCUCACUUCCCCAGGGGAUUGAAAAUGAUUUGGAUACAAGACCUACGCAGAUAGAAAACCAAGACACUGGAGUUCUGAAACAGCACCUUAAUUCCUUCUAGAAGAGCCUUCUCUGAUGUGGAGGGAGCUGAGGAGGUUGGGUCCCAGGUGGGAGUGUCUUUAAAGUUGGAAGUGACCUGAGUGGAUUAAGUGGUGAGGGGAGAAAAGGCAAGAGACAGAGCUACACUGUGUGAAGGGGUGAUUAAUGGAGCCAGAUGAGCAGGCCCAGUGCCUGUUUCCAUGAUUACCCCUGGGGGUCCACUCUGGCACUGAGACCUCUCUGGAGCAUGGGUUGCUGGAGCCCAGGGACUGCCCACCCUCUCCCCAUCAUCGGGUCAAUAAGGUGUGGUCAUUAUCAUAGUUGAUGGAGAUUCUUGAGCUCUGGUUAGGUGCUUGGCACUGUUCUAAGUGCUUUACAUAAUCCCUCAAACAUUAUUUUCUUUGUUUUCUGGAUGAGGAACCUGAGGCACAGAGAGGGAAAGUCAGCUACCCAAGGUCACAGAGGCAGGGAGGAAGCAGAGGUGAGGUAUGAAGAUGAGCGCCUGGGUCCGAGCUCCUGCGCUGUCCUGACCCUAAGGCAAUGCUACUGUCACAUCUCUGGGACUCAAAACUCAGCCCUGCCGUGUGCCUACGUGGGGCGAGACCUUGCGGGAUGCAUCCGCUUCACCCACUGGGUGGGGGUGGGAUGAGGGUGUGUGGAAGUGGAAAGGAUCCCCUCUCCAAAUGCCUGAGGCCAGAGGAUGCUUCAGCACUCUGGUUUCCUACUAACUAAAAUUUUGUGUACAUUCGCGACAUGGGGAGAGGGGUUAGAAUAAAUGUGGAAUUCAAGUUGUUUGUCUUCAAGUUGCUGCAUUUUUUUCCAUAUUAAAAAAAGAUCUCUGUUAA